AUCCCAAAAGUUCCGCGCUCAGUGUUGUUCUGGGAGGAGUUUGUGCUGCUGGGCCAGCAAAACUUUCUGCUUUUGCGUUUGCGUGUCGGGGACGCCACGCCUCUGACUUGCAAAGGCGAACGUGGGCCAGCCCAGCGGCGGCAGAGCACCAAAUCCGUCCUUCCCAAGGGUUUGGCGGCAGCCGUCAUCAUUGCGUCGGAGUGGAGUUGCCGUAGCAGCCCUGACGGGGCGCAGGAGGAGGGCGGCGGCGAGGGAGAUGGACUCUGUGACGGAGCAGACCGGGGAUUGGACGGCGACCCUGAGGGGGUGUGGAGUCCAGACAUCGAGCAGAGCUUUCAGGAAGCUCUGGCCAUAUACCCUCCCUGCGGCAGGAGGAAGAUAAUACUCUCAGAUGAGGGCAAGAUGUAUGGUCGAAAUGAGCUGAUAGCUCGCUAUAUUAAGCUACGGACAGGAAAGACACGCACACGCAAACAGGUGUCUAGUCACAUUCAGGUUCUGGCACGCAAGAGGGUUCGUGAAUACCAGGCGAGCAUCAAGGACCAGGUUUCCAAAGACAAAGCACUACAAACAGUGGCCAAUCUUUCAUCAGCUCAGAUUGUGUCAGCAAGUGUGAUGAAAAGCCAGGCUUCUUUUCCUCCACCCGUCAGGUUUUGGCCCGGCCACCUGCCAGGCCAGCCUGGGCAUUCUCAGGACAUCAAGCCCUUUGCACAGCCACCAUACACAACACUGGCAGCGCCUGUUCCUGCACCUGUCAGCUACGAGCCCCUGCCUCCCCCUCGACCAACAGCAAUCGCGGCUCCUGUUUGGCAGGACAGAACCAUUGCUUCAGGAAAACUACGGCUUCUGGAGUACUCUGCUUUUAUGGAGACUCAGAAAGAGAGAGAUAUGUAUAAGCAUCUCUUUGUGCAUAUUGGCCCAUCCAACCCCAGCUACAGUGACCCUGUAUUGGAGUCAAUAGAUGUCAGGCAGAUUUAUGACAAGUUUUCCGAGAAGAAAGGAGGACUGAAGGAACUGUAUGAAAAGGGGCCCCACAAUGCUUUCUUUCUUGUCAAGUUUUGGGCAGACCUGAGCAGUGAUCUUGAGGAAGGAUCAAGUGCAUUCUAUGGUGUGAGCAGCCAGUACAGUGGAACAGAGAAUAUCACAAUCAGUGUCUCAACAAAGGUCUGCUCCUUUGGCAAACAGGUGGUGGAGAAAGUUGAGACAGAAUACGCACAUACGGAAGGGGGCAAGUUUGUCUUCCGCAUUCAUCGGUCGCCUAUGUGUGAAUAUAUGAUCAACUUCAUCCACAAACUCAAACAUCUACCAGAAAAAUACAUGAUGAACAGCGUGUUGGAGAACUUCACCAUUCUACAGGUGGUGUCCAACAGAGAAACUCAGGAGACUCUGUUGUGUAUCGCUUUUGUGUUUGAAGUUUCCACCAGUGAACACGGAGCACAGUACCACGUUUACCGACUCGUUAACGACUAGUGCGUAACGGCCGUGCAAAGACUGUCCCGACUGUCAGACCUGGGUUGCAUCAGUCAGCCGUUUUCGGCUCACGAAAAACAGAUUGUCACACACACACGCACACAGUGUACGCCUCCCUAUCACUGCAAAGUACACAAGCGUAUCACGCUAUAUGAAACACUAAAAUCAAAGCAAAGUGUAAAUAA